UGCUAAGACUUGCCUCCAUUGCCGAACUUUCAUCUCUAAUAAUGAGUUGCUUCAUCAUGUGCUUGAAAAUUCCAUUCAUAGUCCUAUUGUCAGCUUAUUUCUCAUCAGCUUAUUCCGGUAAUGGAGUGCAGCCUCUGUCGAAGAUUGCUAUUCACAGAACCACUUAUGAGCUUCUCCAUAAUGCCUCCAUUCAAGCCCAUCCUCUUCUUCUAGGCAUCGAGGGGAAGGAUUCUGAGUGGGUUACUGUGGAACUUCACAGUCCUAAUCCCAGUGAAGAUGACUGGGUUGCUGUUUUUUCUCCUGCAAAUUUCAACUCAUCAUUUUGUCUAGAGGUUGACAAGUCAGAAAACUCAAGACAAGUGGCCCCCUUUAUAUGCUCUGCUCCUAUAAAGUAUAGGUUUGCCAACGAAUCCAACGAGGACUACACCAAGACAGGCCAAGCAUCUCUCAAGUUUCUGCUGAUCAAUCAGCGAUCAGAUUUCUCAUUGGCAUUAUUCUCAGGGGGAUUGUCCAAUCCAAAAUUGGUGGCAAUUUCGAAUACAAUCAGCUUUGUGAAUCCCAAGUCUCCACUCUAUCCACGCCUUUCUCAGGGUAAAGCUUGGAACGAAAUGACAGUGACCUGGACAAGCGGCUAUAACAUUGACGAAGCUGUGCCUUUUGUGGAGUGGGGUCUUAAGGGGGAAUCACAAACACAAUCACCAGCUUCAACACUCACUUUUAAUAGAGGCAGUAUGUGUGGUCCACCAGCACGAACCGUUGGGUGGCGUGAUCCUGGUUUUUUCCAUACCAGUUUCUUGAAAGAUUUAUGGCCAAACUCACUGUAUGCACACAAGUUAGGUCAUAGAUUAUUCAAUGGUUCAUAUGUCUGGAGUAAAUCAUACCAAUUCAAAGCACCGCCAUCUCCAGGACAGGACUCAUUGCAACGUGUCAUCAUAUUUGGUGACAUGGGAAAGGCUGAGCGUGAUGGGUCCAAUGAGUAUAAUAAUUAUCAGCCAGGUUCUCUGAACACCACAGAUCAACUCAUCAAAGACUUAGACAACAUUGAUAUAGUUUUCCACAUCGGAGACAUCACUUAUGCGAAUGGAUACAUCUCACAGUGGGACCAAUUUACUUCACAAGUGGAACCCAUAGCAUCAAGAGUGCCUUAUAUGAUUGCAAGUGGCAAUCAUGAACGUGAUGGUCCUGGGACUGGUUCCUUUUAUGACACAAAUGAUUCAGGUGGAGAAUGUGGUGUACUAGCUGAGACCAUGUUUUAUGUUCCAGCUGAAAACCGAGCUAAAUUCUGGUAUGGAACAGAUUUUGGAAUGUUCCACUUCUGUAUAGCAGACAGUGAACAUGAUUGGAGGGAGGGAAGCGCUCAAUACAAGUUCAUCGAGAAUUGCUUUGCAUCAGCAGACAGACAGAAACAGCCAUGGUUGAUUUUUGCUGCUCAUCGUGUUCUUGGUUAUUCCUCUGCUUACUUGGACCAAGGAAUUUCUGGAGAACCUAUGGGAAGAGACAGCUUACAAAAGCUCUGGCAGAAAUACAAAGUAGACAUUGCAUUUUAUGGUCAUAUUCACAACUAUGAAAGAACUUGCCCCAUCUAUCAGAGUCAGUGUGUGAAUUCAGAGAAGCAUCACUAUUCAGGGACAGUGAAUGGAACAAUCCACGUGGUAGUUGGUGGAGGAGGAAGCCACUUGUCAGAGUUUGGACCGGUUGAGACUAGCUGGAGCAUUUUCAAAGAUUCAGACUUUGGUUUUGUGAAAUUGACAGCAUUUAAUCAGUCAUCUCUUCUCUUUGAGUACAAGAAGAGCAGUAAUGGGAAGGUCUAUGAUUCAUUCACAAUCUCAAGGGACUACAAAGAUGUCUUGGCCUGUGUUCACGAUGGUUGUGAACCAAUUACUCUGGCCACUUGAAAUUCUACUCAAAAUAUUAUCACACAUGAAAUUGCAAUCAAUAAAGUGAUGUUUUCGUCAUCCUUGUUUUGAUUAAUAACUACAUGUGCAUGCAUGUUUGUUGGUUAGUACUACAAAGAAAGUGACUAUGGAGGUUUACCUUUCAAUGUUUCAAAAGCUUGAGUGGCUUUGAAUUGUCUGACUACUUUCAAGACUUGGCUUAGGAUUUGUAUAAAUUUUAUAUGAUGUAAAUGAGUCACUACCUUUUUGGAGUCA